UUCUCGCAGACUAAAGCCCCACACACUCUCUCUCUCUCUCAAAACUACUUUCCCCUUGCCUCUACGCAAUUUAUCACUCUCCCCCAUUUCCCUCUUUCCCAUAUCUUUCUUCUCUCUCAAAACCCAAAUAUCAGCUCUUUUUUUGCUGCUCAUAUGCUUGUGUUCUCUUUAUUAACCCGGUAUUAAUCCCGGGCAAUACAUAUCAUCAAUACCCAACUCACUUUUUUCCCCAAGAAAAUGCAACCACAAGUUCAUCAACCUUCUAACACAACCCACCAAACCCUUGACCAAAUCAACCAACUCCUUACUCAUCUCCUCCCCUUUUCACUUUCCAUCAAAUCCUUCACUUCACGUUGGCAAGUUCUCCGUUCAAAACUCGCUACUGUUAAAUCCCUUUUGACGGAAAUAUCUGACUCACCUCACUGGUCAGAAAACGAGCUUCUCCCAACCCUACUUCCGAACCUGCUGUCUAUCUUGCUUCGGGUCCAGACCUUAUGUGAACAAUGUUCCGACCCGGAAAAGAUUCCGGGUAAACUGUUAAUGCAGUCGGAUCUUGAUAUGGGUUCGGGUUGGUUGACUAAACAGAUUCAGCAUCUUGAUCUUCUUUGUCGUUCUGGUGUGUUACGUCAAUCUACUGCUAUUGUACUUUCACACCCUGAUAGAAACUCAAGUAAAGACGAUUUAGUCCUUUUUAUUAGAGAUGUGUUUACGAGAAUUCAUAUUGGUGGUAUCGAGUUUAAGAAAAAGGCUUUGGAGUCACUGAUACAGUUGCUUAACGAAGAUGAGAAAUCAGCUGGUUUAGUUGCUAAAGAAGGACAUGUUGGGUAUUUAAUUAAUUUACUUGAUGUUAAUAUGGAUUGUUAUAUACGUGAACAGGCGGUUUUCGCGGUAUCAACGCUUGUUUAUUUGAGUGAACAAGCUAGGAAAUAUGUGUUUGAAGAAGGUGGUUUAGGUCCUUUAUUAAGGAUUAUUGAGUCUGGUUCAGUUAUAAUGAAGGAAAAAGCUGUUUUAGCUGUUGAGUGUAUUACAAAUGACCCUGAAAAUGCUUGGGCUAUAUCAGCUUAUGGCGGGGUUUCUGUACUUCUUGAUUUAAUUAAAUCCGGGUCGAUUUCAGCUCAAAUUCAUGGUGUUGGGGCUUUAAAAAAUGUUUCUACUAAUGAAGAUGUUCGCAGUGCAUUGGCUGAAGAAGGUGGAAUACCUGUUCUUUUACAGUUAAUGGUUUCGGGGAAAGCUUUAAUUCAAGAAAAGGCGGCGAAUUGCAUUGCGAUUUUAGCUUCAUCUGGUGAGUAUUACAGGGAUUUGUUAAUUCAAGAAAAGGGGUUACAAAGAUUGCUUCAUUUGCUACAUGAAUCGUCUAGUCCUGAUACAUUAGAAUACGUUUUACGUGCGAUUCAUUCUUUAUCGUCUUCUGAUUGUGCGUCGAGGAUACUUUCGUCGUAUACCACGUUUACUAUUCAGUUAGCUGAGCUUAUAAAACAUGGUAGCUUAAUUUUACAGUAUAUAUCAGCUUCAUUACUUGCAAAUGUAUCCAUUAGUGAUGAAAAGAAGAGGGCUAUUGCUGGUUGCAUUCCCUCUUUGGUGAAGCUGAUGGAAUCAGCUAAACCGGAUGGGUUGCAAGAAGUGGCGACGAAUGCGUUGGUUUCAUUGUUAGCUGUGAAAUCGAAUAGGAAGGAAAUGGUUAAGGAUGAGAAGAGUGUGAUGAGGUUGGUACAAAUGUUGGAUGGGAAGAAUGAUGUGGUGUCGAAGAAGUUUCCGGUGGCGGUUGUGGCCGCGAUGAUGGCGGGAGGGAGCCAGGGUUGUAGGAAGCGGUUAGUGGAAGCCGGAGCAUACGCGCAUUUGCAGAAGCUGGCGGACGGAGAGGUUGCCGGAGCUAAGAAGGCAUUGCAGAGACUUUCAGGGAAUAGGUUGAAGAGCAUAUUCACAAGGACAUGGAGUAAUUAGCUAAGCUACUAACCCCAGCCAACAAAAGGUGGUUGUUUGGAUUUUUCCCAACCGUCAAAUGUGGAAAACCACCUCAUUUCCUUGCAAAAAAACCAACAAACAAUCACUACACACUCGGUAUACCCCAACUUUAACCUUAUACUAUAUUUUCAAUUAUUAGAAAAAGAAAAGAUGAAAAAAAAAAGUUGAAUUUAUUCUAAACUAUAUAACACAUGGCAUGGAUGCGGUUUUUAGGGAGUAUCCUUGUUUGUUUAUUUUUUCUUUUAUUUUAUUUUUUAAAUUUUCAUGUUUAUUUCACCAUGUGAAGCUUUGUAAGUGAGUGAUAGAUAGUGCUUGCACCCGCACCCUUUUUCCAAUCAUCCUCAUCGGUUGAUAUUGUAUAUUCAAAGGUUUGUUUAUCUUGUAAUGGCCAAGCCUACAAGCCUUAAUUACAAAGUGUGCAACUUCUCUUAAAUUUAUCUUCUCUUUAUUGGUA